CCCGCCUGGGCAGCUGCAGGCUGCAGUCUCUGCACUCAACGAGCUGCCAGAAGUCCACCCCAGCCCACUCUGCACCCUGCUGGCCCUGGAGAGCUCCCUCCCCCAGGAGAUACACCUGCUGCUGCUCCGAAGCUCCCCCUGCUCAGGUCUGGGUUGGGCAAUGGUGCACUGACAUUCCUCUGGGAACCUCCUUGUGUGGACCAGCAGCCAGAGCAGCCAGAGGCCCUGGGGCCAGCAUGGCCAACCCAGUGCAGCCUCAGUUUCCCCUAGUGCAGGGGCCAGGCUCCACCUCCCCCUUGGAGCUGCCGGAGAUGGAAAAGCUCCUCACCACCACCACCACAGUGGCGGACAAGGACGACAAGGCUCUGCGUCUGUCCAGGUCCCUCUCGGGGGCUCUGGACUUGGAGAACGGCCACAGCCUGCCCUUCAAGGCCAUCUCAGAGCGGCACCGGGAGGCCUCCCUGCCCCGCUCCCCUUCACGGGCCAGCUCUAGACGGGCGUCCUCCAUCGUCACCACCUCCUACGUCCAGGACCAAGAAGCCCCCAAAGAUUAUCUCAUCCUUGCCAUCGCCUCCUGCUUCUGCCCGGUCUGGCCCCUCAACCUUAUCCCUCUGAUCUUUUCUAUCAUGUCUCGAAGCAGCGUGCAGCAGGGGGACCUGGAUGGGGCCCGGAGGCUGGGCCGCCUGGCCCGGUUACUCAGCAUCACCUUCAUCAUCAUGGGGAUCGUCAUCAUCGUGGUGGCAGUGGUUGUAAACCUUGCAGUUCAUAAUAAGUAAGACUGACGGGAGCUGUGCUCGUAGAGGCCUUCCGGACGGCCCUAUUCCCCGCACCCCACACACCACCGAGAACGCGAGGUGACAGCCUGGUGACUGCCUCCAGGCGCCAAAGCACACACUCGGAGGGACAUUCCCCCUUCUCCAGGCCACUCAGUGCCAGCCCACAUGGAUGGGAAGAUCCGGAGGAAGAACAGAAGGAAGGAAAUAAAGUUUCCUGGAACAUCAACAGACACGUUGUUUUGUUCUCCAGGACUCAUCCUGGUCUCGACCCCAAAGUUUCCUGGGAUCAUUCAAGAAGCCUCAACUGCCAGAACCAGGGGAAACCACCUCUCCCCACAUUCAGAAGACAGUUGGGGGCAG